AGUUUAGCUCGCCCUCCCACACUCUAGUUUUUGCCGCCGCAGGGCCUCUCAAUAUGGGGACUGCGGCGGGCGAAGAAGUCGGUACCUGGUAGGGCUGCGAGUCCCCCUUGCGGUCGUGACAGCUGGAAGAGAAAAAGAGAGAGACGGACAGAAACGUAACGCCUAGGCCCCGCCUACCUCCACUCCAGAUUCUGAGAGCCUCUCUUUCGAAAGGCAUCGGCCGUUUCCGUUCAAUGCCGGAAAUCCCCUGUCGUGAAAGGAAAUUGGUGAGGAUACAGCCAGUAGAAGAAAGGACACUGUCUCCCCAGGAGGGCAGAGUCCACAGGAUGACCCACCAGGGAGCUGUUCUCCAGGGCUACAAUAAUGAACUUGUGAAGUAUAUGGAGGACUUAUGCGUUCAGAGAGAAGAAGUAGACCAGCAAAUUGGACAACUGGUAGAAGACAAGACUAAGAUUCAGGAUGAAAUUGAGAUGUUAUCCAAACAACUGGAAUAUGUAUGUAAAAGUUUGGCUUGGAAAAAUGCCACACAAAAGAGGCUUGAUAAAAUUCUUGCUGAAACAGGACUCGCAUAUGAAAAGAUUUUGGACAGUUCUAGAAUGUUGCUGAGUGUUUUGAAAACAGAAACAGAUAAUUUAGACAAAAUGAUAGCACUGAAAAAGCAGUGCAGUGAAUUACCAUGAGAUAUUUGGACUCUAAACCAACAUUAGAGUUGGCACAAAAUUAUAUGAGAAAUGCCAUCUUCUGUUUUUCUAUUAGUUGCUUUACUAAAUGAUGUUUAUCCAUGUGAAUGGAAAGUACUUCUUAAAGUAAUAAGUAGAAAUAAAGCUUCUGAGAACU